GUCGCACGCGUGAGGCUUCUCCGCCGCCGAGAUGCGCUACGUUGCCUCCUACCUGCUGGCCGCCCUCGGGGGCAACGCCUCCCCCAGUGCCAAGGACAUCAAGAAGAUUCUGGACAGCGUGGGCAUCGAGGCGGAUGACGACCGGCUCAACAAGGUCAUCAGUGAGCUGAACGGAAAAAACAUUGAAGACGUCAUCGCCCAGGGUAUUGGCAAGCUGGCCAGUGUACCUGCUGGUGGGGCUGUCACCGUCUCUGCCGCCCCAGGGUCUGCAGCUCCUGCUGCUGGCGCUGCCCCCGCUGCAGCAGAGGAAAAGAAAGACGAGAAGAAGGAGGAGUCGGAGGAGUCAGACGACGACAUGGGAUUCGGCUUGUUCGAUUAGGUUCCUGCUGACCCC